AUGCUUCGUACACCCCCACCAGCCCAAACUAUGAUAGUGUCGUGUUGGGACAGAGAAAAGAAUGUCGCCAGAUACAAUGAUUUCAGGAGGUCCCUCCUUUUGAUUCCCAUUUCAAAGUGGAAUGGUCUAACAGAUGAUGAAGAAGCUCUCAAAGAUCUUCGAGAAGUCUAUGGUGAUGAUGUAGAGGAGCUUGAUCUUCUUGUGGGAUUGAUGGCAGAGAAAAAGAUCAAGGGAUUUGCUAUUAGCGAGACGGCCUUUAUGAUUUUCCUCAUCAUGGCAUCAAGAAUAGAGGCGGAUGGAUUUUUCACAAGUGAUUUUAGUGAAGAAGCAUAUACAAAGAAAGGGCUGGAAUGGGUAAACACAACUGAAAGCCUAAAAAAUGUGUUAGAUCGGCAUUACCCUGAGAUGACAAAGAAAUGGAUUAACUCAAGCAGUGCAUUUUCAGUAUGGGAUUCAGCACCGGAGCCUUACAAUCCCUUUCCCCUCUAUAUUCGAGUUCCUCUAUGA